AUGUUUAAUAUUCUAUAUAUUUCUCGACAUGCUGUUUCAACUGAACAUAAUGCAUUUAUAACAACAUCAUUAUCUCUUGCAGCAAAUUCUCAAACAAACACAUCAGAUAACCAAUCAGAAACAAAAUAUAAUUUAUUUGAUGAAACUUAUCAAAUAUUUUUACAAAGCUUUACCGCUAAUUUUAUGUUCAUAUUAGCACGUCAAAAUAAAUCUUCAUCACAUUGUCCAUCUAUACCACCUAAUUUAAAAGGUCCAAUAAUCAUGCAAGACCCACCAGAAAAUUUUUCUCUUUUGAAUAAAUCACCGUAUCAUCUAGAAGUUCAACAUGGUGGUUAUUAUCAUCCAAAAACAUGUUUAGCUCGUCAUAAAAUUGCUAUUAUAGUACCAUAUCGAGAUCGUUGGGAUAUUUUAAGACAUUUUCUUUUCCAUACACAUGAAUUUUUACAACGACAACAAUUAGAUUAUCGAAUAUAUGUAUGUGAACAAGCAUUUGAUAAAACAUUUAACAAAGGCAUUGUAAUGAAUAGUUGUUUUAAAGAAAUUUUAAAUCUUGAACCAAAUACACCAUGUUUUAUAAUGCAUGAUGUAGAUUUAUUAUUAAUUGAUGAUCGAAAUAUGUAUACAUGUCCAUCAUAUCCGCGUCAUUUAAGUGUUGCUAUUGAUAAAUUUGAUUUUUAUUUACCUUAUCCAGAACUUGUUGGUGGUGUUUUAGCAAUGCGUCGUGAACAUUAUACACUUGUUAAUGGUUAUUCAACUAAUUAUUGGGGCUGGGGUGGUGAAGAUGAUGAUAUGUAUAAACGUAUUACUAAGAAAAAUCUGAUUCUUGAACGACCACCAGCAUCUAUAGCACGUUAUAGAAUGUUAAAACAUACACAUCAAAAAUUAAAUCCUGCCCGUAUGAAAGUUUUACGUACAGCACAUAUUCGUAUUGAUUCUGACGGUGUUAAUAAUGUUAAGUAUAAAUUACUUAAUACAACUUUUCAUCAUCUUUAUACGCAUUUUUUAAUUGAUGUUGGUGAACAAAGAAGAUAA